CGACGGCACGGCAAAUGGCGGGAUCGGUCUGCUUCGAAUAGCUUCGAAAUUGUUUAGGCUGCAUCACAGGCUGGCAGCAGCUAUAGUUUGACAUGUUCCAUAUUGUGGGCUUUAAAUUUCGCGAGUUGUGAAGACUUGAGUGCUCCGUGUGAUUUUCACUUGACAUGAGUCUAUGAUACAGCAUACAGCCGUGAGCACGAGCGUCUCUUCAGAAGAGUCGGCCGAGUUUGUCACCGGUUUCGGACUUAGCAAGAGAUGCUAGCAAGAACGUUCACGCGUAGGUGUCAUUUGACGCGGUGUUUCUGGACGAGCGCAGAAGAAGAAGCUAAUCCCGGCCCCAAAACCGAAGAGGAGCGUCGCCAGAGAACAGAAGAAUACAGAAAGAUCUUACGUGACAUAGACAAGUCUAUAUGUUCUCAUCGGCUGUCUGAUAAAGAAAGGAAAGUUCACGAGGCACAUAAACUUGCUGUUCAGAGAGGUGAGAAAACAUACACUGAUCCCAUGACUGGCUUUACCGUCUUUUCUGGACUCCAUCAUUACCUGCGUGGUGUCUGCUGUGGCUGUGGAUGUCGUCAUUGCCCUUAUCAGCACGUAAAUGCCAAGGAUGAAGUCAAAGAGAAGAUGAUGUUUAAUUCUGCUUUUUAUGUGCCAAGAACAGUGGCUUAAGAACCACAAUUGAAAUAAAGAAUUUUUGCAAAAAGAUGAAUGUCUCUUUUGUGUG